AUGGGUCAGAGGUCAAAUUCGGUGACAUCUUGACCUCUAUAACUAAGAAGAGGGAAGAGGAAGAGGAGGAAGAGGAGGUGAAGCAGAUAUGGGAUAUGAGUGUCUUCCUGUCUUCCUCCCCUCCUCCCUUCCCUUUGCUUCGCUCGGGGAGAGGAAGAGGAGGAGGAGGAGGAGGAGGAGGAAGAGGAGGAGGAGGAGGAGGAAGAGGAGAAUUCUGUGUCUUUUUCCUGAUCUUGGCGAAUUUGCAGGAGGCGGGGUCAGCUCUGGAGGUCAUACAAAGAGGGUCAUGGUUCCAGGGGUCACGCAAGUACAUUUUGACCUACCCGGGAAGUAACGUGACCCAGCUUGACCUGACCAACCAUCCCAGCUUACGGGAGGGACAUAACCUGGUGGUGGCGGUGGCGUCUGACGAGGGAAGAGGAAGAGGAAGGAAGAAGGAAGAGGAGGAGGAAGGAGGAAAGGAAGAGGAAAGGAAGGAAGAAGGAGUGAAGGAAGGAAGGAAGGAAGAAAAGGAAGAAAAAGAGAAAGCAGGAGGAGGAGGAAGAGGAGGAGGAGGAGGAGGAAAAGUGCGCAUUGCCUCCUUCGUCCUGCUCCGUAUCCUCCCCUUCAGCGGGCCGGGGGGGGCGUGGGUGCAGGAGGCGGGGCGUUGGUACCGGGGGCGGGGGGCGGUACUCCCCUCACCCCUAUACCCAGACUUGUACACGAACUUCCAUGGCCACGCCCUCAAGAUCGUGACCCUGGUUUACGAGCCCUUCAGCUGUUACACGAAGAACCCCAAAACCGGUUCUCUUACUCCCAGCGGCGGGUGCGUAGACAACCUCAUGGUACAGCAGCUGGGGGCGGCUCUCAACUUCACCUAUAACUUCGUGGAGCCUAAAGACGGCCAAUGGGGGCACAGGCUUGAUAAUGGGAGCUACACGGGCGUGAUUGGGACAGUGGAAAGGGUCGAGGCGGCAUUCUCGCUCAACAUCGCUAUAACACAGGACAGAGAGGAGAAGGUGGAUUGUACAAUAGGGUACCACGUGGAGCCUAUCACCUUCGCAACCACUAAACCCAGGCUACUUAACCAGGCCCUAGCGCUUAUCAGACCCUUCUCCCCAGGCGGGGUGAGAUGGGAAGCACGCCCUGCCCCCCGUGUGUACGCCGGUGUGUACGUGCUUUCCAUGUACGUGGCUGUGAGCAUGUACGUGGCCAUGCUGACCGCCUCCCUCACCCUGCCCACGCUCUCUCGCACCCUGGAUACCCUGGGGGAGAUGGUGGAGAGUGACUACGCCUGGGGGAUACAGGACUUGGGCGCCGCAGACUACCAACUCCUCAAGACCUCCACUGUGCCUCUGUAUCAAAGAGUCUACAAAGGCCUACAGGUGUGUCCGGCCCUAGACACAUGCAUAGCCAAGGCAAGGGACACCAAAUUUGCCUUCAUUACCUGGAGAACUUACCUGGAAGACCGGAUAGCCGUCAGGUUCACCAGUCCCACGGGGGAGAAGCAGCUGCACGUGGCCACUGGGGACAUCUUCCCGGUGGAGCUGGGCUGGGCCAUGAACCCCGGCUCCCCCUACAGGCACCAUUUCGACGCCAAUAUAAGAGCCAUGAUUGAGAAUGGUCUUGUGACUAAGUGGCUGCGAGACGUGAUCAAUGACCCCAAGAGGAGAGAGAGGGGUGACCUGACCUCCUCAACCACCACCAUCACCUCCACCACCACCACCCAAGCCCUGGGCCUCCACCACCUCCAGGGUGUGUUUUACUUCCUGGGUAUUGGCUACAUGACGUCCUCUCUGGCAUUCCUCACUGAAGCUCUUCUCACCUGGAGGGGGCAUGGACGCCUUAGCUAGGCUGUUAUAACACCUCGGACCCCUACUUAGGUCUUGUGACGUCCCAGCCAACGUGCAAUGAACCUUUUCGUUAAGUACGCCAACUGACCCUUUACAUGAUGCCGUAACAUUUUCACCUUUAAAUCAAUGUUGGGUUGAACACUUUUUAUGUGAGUGUCCAGGACCAUACUGUGGAAGGUGACCCAUGUCAGCCUAACCUGAUCUUCUGCACAGUGUUGUGUACUCACGCAUGACCAAUAAUAAAACCCUUGC